AUGAUAAAGUUUGGUGGAAUUGUCACACGGCAAUUCUUACUUCUUAUGCUUUGCCUUACAAAACCAGUUGGCACAGCGUCUGCUUUCCUCCAAAGAGCCACGAACCUCCUGGGGAAUGCUGGUUUGGAGAGCUCCCUGUUUCCCAGGAAGAAUAACUGCAAACACAGUGGGACAGUGCGUUGCACAGAAGGUGGUGCAGCCCUUCUUUGUGUGCUCUGGGCCACCAGCAGUGACAGAAAGGCAUGGGAAGAGCUCUGUUGCUUCAGGCGGAGGGUUCUUCUGCUCCAGCUUUCUGUUCACCUGAGCUCGACCAGCUGCCUACCGGGAACCCAGAGCAGGUCUCAAGUGCACCUGCGACGGCCCAGCCACGGGUGCACGUGGGCACAUUGCCUCCGACAGUGGAUGGAGCAUCCAGUCGGUGAAUCGCUGUCGAUUGCUUCACACUCCAUUAAUCUGUCCAACCCUUUAUAAAGGUUAGCAGCCAUGACUCCGCGUCAUAAUUUCUGUGCAUUAUUUAUCUAUCACAAAGCUCCCAGCCUUAUGGGACGAUGCAGGGUUUUAAUAUUAUGAGACAGGGAGAAAAAAACUCGUGCAUAAUUUUUUACACCUCUCUCAAGUCUCCUCUUACCUGCCUUUUUUCCUGAGCUAAAUAAUGGCACAUAUUGUGGUCUUUGGAAUUGCAGAGGAAUUGCUCCAGUCCUUUAAUUAUUUCAAUUGCGUGUUUCUGCACUUUUGCCAGCGGUACAUUUUUAGGUACAGUGUUCGACACUGUGUACAAUAUUCUGAGUGUGGGCCUACCACAGAUUUGUAUAAGGGCAGUAUGAUCUCAGUAUUUUAUUUUCAAUUACUUUCUUAAUUAUGCCUAACAUGGAUCUUGUCUUUUCACCAUCACUGUGUUUUGGACUGAUAUUUUUAUCAAGCUCUCCACGCUCCCAAGAUCUAUUUCUUGCUCAGUCAGUGCUGGGUCCCAACUCCCAUGGUAUGCUCUUUCUAUCGCAUGCCAGUCAAUUUAUUUAUUUAUUUCCUCCCUCCCUCCCUCCCUCUUGUUAGCAAUUACCUUUAUCAGAUUUCUCAAAUGAUAAUAAACAGCAAGCAAACAACUGCAGGCCUUUGAUUGCAUUAAUGUGUCAUCACCAUGAAAUGGGUUUUAACACUACUAUAAAAAUUGCAAGAUGAUUGGCAGGGAACUGCAUAUUUUUCAGACGUUCCAGGCUUAUCAAGAACUCGCUAAUUGCUUUGUGGUGAAAUCUUCAAGGUGUUCUUUUUUUAACCUGACUGUUUUCAACUUCGUCUCACCUUUUAGCCUUUCUCCGGCACUGCAGGUGCUCAGCAUAGUACUGGAAUGCAAGCCAUUCCUUUUAUGGGAGCAUUGAGCUUUGACAGCUUAAACCCCAGUUCCUUUUUCAAAGGGAUUUUUGGACAAGGCUACCCAUGUUUUUUGUAAACAUUCGUGGCUGGUACUCAUGAUGAGGUCAUUCGCCAGGUUCAGAUGAUAUGAAAACCCAUCCUGGGCACAACCACCCCUAGAAUAAGCAAUGGGUUGUCAAGGUGGCUUGUUAUCCACCAACAAGCAACAAUGUGGAAAAUAGUCUGGGUUCACAUGACAUGAUGACCUGCUAUGGCUUGUCACCCAUGAUGGGUUGUUUCGUUGUGUGAACCAAGUCAUAGAGUUCCAGGAUGAACCUGGUACAUUAAUGAUUUGUGAGACUUACCAGCUUUUUCUCCGUAUUACUUGAAUGGAAGAAGUUGUAAGAAGAUCUACUCUGAAGGGUGGAUAUUGAGAAAUUAAUUUGACAAAAUACAAGAAUAGCCUUACUGCAGGAACUCUGAUUAAGCAAAUCUAUUAUCUUCUAUCUAACGUCAGAAAUUUGCUGGCACUAAUAACAUUUCAAAACUUCCUUUAACAUGUCUAGGAUGCUAUUCGGAUAAUACUUGGAAACCUUGAUAAUUUAUGCCCUUUUACUACUGAACAUUUGACCAUAUUUCCAUGUAUCCUUUUAUCAAUGUAGACUGAAGCUAAUCAGUGAAAAGAAUAUUUAUAACUCAUUUGACCUAUGAAUCAUAAAUCACGUGUGUUCCUCUUUCCACUGAGUCGCAGUUGGAAACACUUUUUGGUGGUAAGCUGUGAUGGAAUGCGCACGCAGUGAAAUAGACACAAAUGCUUUCAUCACACACAAAGCGAUCUGUGCUGGAAUGCAAUCGGCAUAAAAGGACACUCGGGCGAGGAACAAAGUCAAGUGCCCAGGAGCCAGGAAGCAUGGGAAACCGCACACCCCUUUGUGUGCCCUGCUUUGUGCGACCUACCAUGUGCUGGAAUAAGAUAAAUCACCUUACAGCCUUCUCCUAUUUCAUUCUUUUACUGGCCAUAAUUAUUGUCCACUCAAGACAAUCAAUGGCAGCUCCCAGAGGUAUGUUGUUUGCCCGCCACCAACUUCCAAGGGAGAGGCAAAAGGACAGAAGCAGAGAAAAUAAAACAAAAAAUACAGAUGUCUAUAACUCUGUCAACCGUGGAAGUAAGCUGAGAGAGACUGUAGACACAGAAAGAGCUAUUAAGUGGGGAAGAUGGGAAGACGCUGAAGAAAUUUCACAUACCCGAGUGCACGUGGACAGAAAUGUGGCUAAAUCUGCAACCCAUGAUACAUCCAAGUCAAAUUAUAACCGUUGCAGCUCCGCCAGAGUCGGCAGUGAUUAUGACAACAGGAGUGUGCUAGGGGAAUCCAUGAAGACAAAAAAUACAGAGAACAGGCACCCGGAAGGACAACCGCCAGCCUUAGAAAAGCGAUCCGAGGAAAGCAUGGCGUUAAAAAAGAAAGGCUUUUUAGAAUCAUUGAAAAGUACUCUCUUUCCGCCAGUGCUACAGCAGAUUUUUAGUGGAAAUGGUCAGCCCUCCUGAGGGAUUGUGAUUGCUGGAAAAGUCUAGCGAAACUCCAGGGAUAUUUGAUGACACGCCUCAAUAUUUUAACAGUGCAACUAUUUCAGAAGCUGAAGGAGGUUAAAUGUUUAGUGUUUCUAUUUCCAUUUCAGUUUUAAAUGCUUAAGAUAAAGUUAUGAUUAAUUCAGUAUAAAGCUUAUUUCAGCACACAUUGUCAAUUUCAAUAUUGUUAGAAAAGUGAGUACAUAAUUCUUUUAAAGAGCCUGCAUUUGAGUAUGUUUUCCUCUGGAAUAACUAUUAAUUGCUAGAAUAAACUAUCAUUUGCAGUCA